UCUGAAUACCAAUCAAUAAAAUCGAACAAAUUCAAACAAGUAUUUAUAUGCCUUGCAUAGCAAACAUCGUACACUUCCUAUUGUCCCAAUGCCAAAAAUCCUAUAAAAACACACAGCGUCUUGAUUUCUACCUUUCUCCAUGGAUAUUCCGAUUCAAGAAACGGACUCCAACUCCACAGAUAACAAUGCCAAUUCCAACAAGAACAAUACGUUGCGAUGCAAAAAAUGGUCGGAAACUGCGGUCUAUUCCCUCCUCGUCCUCUCCGGCCAGUCAGCGGCGACCCUUCUCGGCAGAUUCUACUACGAAAAAGGCGGCAAAUCCAAAUACAUGGCGGCUCUGGUGCAGACCGCCGGCUUCCCGCUACUUGUCCCUUUCAUCUUCAUCAUCAAAUCAAGAAACAAACAAACCUCCUCGGAUCACACUCUAGCGCUUCCCGCUUUAUACGCAUGUUUCGGCACAUUUCUUGCAUUCAUUUGCAUGCUUUACUCCGUCGGCCUCAUGUAUCUCCCUCUCUCCACUUUCUCUCUCAUCUGCGCCACCCAGCUCGGAUUCAACGCCCUAUUCUCUAACCUCAUCAACACUCAGAAACUCAGCCCUACGGCACUCAACUCCGUUUUCCUCCUCACUCUCUCCUCCGUCCUCCUCGCCCUGCAGCCGGGCGCCGCCUCCGAGGCGGCACCCGGGGGCAAGUACGCGGCGGGGUUCGCGUGCACGCUGGGCGGCGCGGCAGGGUACGCGCUGGUGCAGUCGGCAGAGCAGCUGGCGUACGGGAAAGUGCUGAGGCGGCAGACGGUGAAGGAGAUCAUGGACGUGAUUUUCUACGAGUCGAUGGUGGCGAGUUUGGUGCUCGUGUCGGGGCUGUUCGGGAGUGGGGAGUGGCGGCAGCUGAAGGGGGAGGUUGAGGGGUUUGAGAUGGGGAAGGCGGGGUACGCGGCGGUGGUGGUGGGUUCGGCGGCGGCGUGGCAGGUGUUUGGGGUGGGGAUGGUGGCUUUGAUUAUAAAGAUCUCGGCUGUGUUUGGGAAUGUGGUGAGCGCUGUGGGCGUGGGCGUCGUGCCGGUUGUUGCGGUUGUGGUUUUCAAGGAUGAGAUGAGUGGUGUCAAGGUUGUGGCUUUGUUGUUGGCUCUCUGGGGUUCGCUGUCUUAUGUUUAUCACCAUUUUCUUGUUCAUCAUCAUCCCACCCAAAAUGGAAAUGUGGAUCCGCCGCCGGAAACCUGUACCUCCGCCGAUUCUGAGUCACGCUGAUAGGUCUAGUGCUCUCAAUUCAUC